GAAUGCAGUUCGUGUAACAACGACACAGUAGAAAGCGGGACAAAAACUUGUGGUGGAACAGUUGUAGCACUGGAAAUCCUCGGUCUUGUCAUUUCGGUUAAAGGCUGUCAUGAACUAAUCAUAAGACUCUUCCAAUGGAGAAGACUUCUGAAAAUCAAGGAACUAUGCGCCUGUUUGAGUUGCAUUUCUGUCGUCUUAGUGAACGGACAUCCAUUCGUGAACGAUCUACAAAGAGUCCUGGUUUGACUUUUUAGAGUAGUUGAGGAUUACUUCUCCCCGAAGCACAGCAGCAGGACACCCUCCACAUUGUGAAGCUUUGCAGCAAAAAUACCAAUUCAGUGAUGGAUCCUGCUUUCCAGCAACACUCACUUUCACAUUUCGCAUGUUUUCCUCAAGAGACUCCAAUCAAACCAUCUCAAGUCCCAAACUUGAUUUCUCAUACGGCACCCAGGAGAGGUUUGCCUCUCCAGACUCCGGAGGAAUGCAGCAUGAACAAGUUGAGCCCAAACUGGCAUCCAGCAGGAAUGAAAUAUCCGGCAGCUCUCGUUUCAAGUAGUUCAACGAACAUUGUUUCCCCUGUGAAUUCUUUGUUAAAACACAAACUUGGUCCUCUGAAGCCCUUUUCUCCAUCUCAUGGCCAUGUUCUGAGCAGCCCGGUUAAUGGUGCCACUCCAGCAAGGGAAAAUCUGGGUCCUCAGCAGAACAUGAUACAGUUGGGCUCAGGAUAUUUCACCUCACCUCAAGUUGUUUCAGCCAGCCAAACUAAGACUCAAACCUCAGCUGAGAGAACUUUUAUUCCCACUAUAUUUAAUUCUCCAUCUCCUCAGUCUGGAAAGAAUAUAAGCAACCCUCUCCCUUCCUGCCUCUUCAGACAGGAUCAAGGAACUGAAUCCAAGAUCCCAUCCUCUAACUCAGGAAAAAUCAAGGAUGUGUCACAGAGAGAAGACCCAAAUAAGGCUCUGCUCAGCAAACUAAGAGAUUUCCUACGCAAUGUUCCUCUGUACAAACCUUGUAGCAACCAACAUGAACAGACACGUUCAAGAGAAAGCAUUAUUCCAGUGAUGGAUCUGAAUAGCACAUCCCAAAAGAGACGCUGGGAGGGGGAGCCUUGCUUUAAGAACACCAAGAAACCUUGUCACAAAGGAAUAAACCAUGGAACAACAGAGACAAACGGAGUUACUCCUGGCACCUUACCAAGAUCUUCACUGGACAGUCAGCCAUCAACAAAAACCUCCUUGGUCUUUGAGUUGUUGCCUGAAACAGCAAACGGACUUCUGAAGUCUGAGCCGGCAUGCUCAGCGUUGUCAUCCACACUCAAACCCUCGAGGUUAGACUUAGUUUGUCCAAAGAAAACGCCAUCUGCAGGGGCAAAGAAAGGCUUUAUUACCACUGAGAAUAAUAUAGUGAAGUUAAGAUUAACUUCAACUCUGAGUGAAGGGAGUCCAAAGAUUCAAAAUGAGGAAAACCAAAAGAAGGACAAAUCAAGUUCUUCUAAAGUUCAUCAUAAGGAGUGCAGCAAACCUCCACAUGUUGGUUUGGUUUGUAGUAACUCCAACGCUGGCUGUAGUGUACCAGUUAAGACAGAAAGCAGAAAAUUAGAGGGCAUCUCUCCAAAACCAGCAUCUAAGCCUAGUUUAAGUUGUAGCACACCAGAACGUAGUAAAGCCAGUCGUGUACGAAAACCAGUGGUUGUCCUUGACGACAUAGAUCAACUCUUCACCCCUGACCCCAACGUUUAUGUUGUCAGGCCUGCAAGUAAGGCCCCAAAGUGUAAGAUGGAAGAGCAAACGAUAAAGUCACCCACUUCAAAGAAAAGUUCCAGCUGCAAUCCAACAGUUACACCCAUAUCUCCUCCUGUCACACAACCUCUUCAGGCAGCCUCCUCACCAGCCUCUAACCUGACUGUCUUUUUGCCAACUGUGACUUUGGAGCGACUAAAACUAGAAGAUGGAGGCAUCAGACACAGUCCUGUCAAUUCUUCAAGAAGUCAAUCUAAGGAUGAGAGUUUUAAACCUCAGCACAACCUCUCCCUGAAACCUAAAACCAGUGAGAGUUUGCGUUGCUCGGAGAUGGACACAGCAGCCUCUGUGCAAGAGACUUCCCCUCCAUGCACAAAGCCCCCACCAUUAGAGGAGGAGGACAGUGAUGGGAGUAAGAGGGGGAAAGAAGAAGACUCUAUUGACGUUGAACUAGACCUUGGCCUGAGCAUUUCAUAUGGUAUAGAUCCAAGCCAGAGCUCUGACAGCAGCGAGGACGAGGAGCCGCUAAUCUCCUUCCAGGAGAUGAUGGAGCACGUUGCGAAGCCUCCAGACACGCCGCAGAAAGAAACCAUUUUGGAGCCGAACACGCCAGGAAGUCGUAGCUCUCAGUCAAAAACGCACCUGCUGUCAUCCUCCACAAAGCCAGGAGUCUACAAGAACAACCUGGACCAGAUGUUGAAGGAGAUAAACAGCACCAAGAAAGCAAAGGAGAUUGAAGCACAACUUCUGUCUGCCUGCAAUGAAGACCUCUUGAGGUUAGCUGAGUAUGAGGCGGCAGAGGAGAACCAGGAGGAGAUUGCCAAUGAACACCAGGAGUUUCUGCAGCACUUCUCAUUGAUGUCUGCUGCAAUCAGAGAAAUCCCACCAGGGGAGAUGGUUUUUAACCUGGAAAGGUUCGGCCAGGUCUUUCACCAGGAUUCACUGCAGCUCAGGCAGUGCCACGUCAGUCCUCAAGGGGCCUCUCAGAAGACACUUAUUUGGUCCAGUCCUGCUCAGUUGAGACUGCACUUGAAUGUUGGUCUGUUUGAGGAAGCUUACUGCAACUCACCUUGUCCAGCUCAGGUUACCUGCUUUCUUUUCAAGAUGAUGUCGGUCCAUAGUGAAAGGAUCAUAUCCAAUAAGAUCCUGCGAGCCCUUUGUGACAUCGCCUGUUCUGCUGCUUAUCAGAUAGUGAACAAUGACAACCAGAAGUUUGAAGUUUGGGUUCCCAGUUUGGCAGAUGUGACGCUGGUCUUUAUGAACAUGGGUGCUGCAUUUGUGACACUCUUCCCCUUUGAGAGUCUGCAGCCAUCAUUCACAGAGGGAGAUUUGCUAGAGGAUGUCUAUCUCAAAAGUGAGUCUCCUACUAACAACAAUGAAGAGAUCAGUUUCCCUGAACACAACUGCACAAACAUCUUAAAGUACCUGUCUUACUGUAUGGGGCUCUGCCCUCAUGCAUACAGCAACGAUGAGCUGCUGUUGCUGCUUACUGUGGUGGGAAGAAUCAGCCUUGACACACGGCUAAUCCUCCAGUCCAACGUAGCAGUGAGCUGUCUGCUGUAUACAAUAAUCAACAACAUCAGUGACUGGUCUUCUGUGCUGCCGAGAGUCUGUAAAGCUCUGACUGAUUUAACAGAUGAUCAUCACAACAUGUGCCUCCUGGUUCAGCUCCUACCUGACAGUAAAUGUGGAAAAGAACUCCGCCGCCAUCUAAGCAUGUGCUUCAUCUCUAAGUUGUUGGAUGGAAAUUGCACCUAUAUCCCUGUGGAGACAGAACUUCCGCUUGCCGAGUUGAGGCCGUAUCUUCCUCAAAUGCAACCCUCCGCCCUCCUCCGAAGUAUCCAGCAGAAAGACAAAGAGGAGGACAUGGCAACUCAAGACCAACAGGCCUACUACCUGUGCUAUAGCCUUCUGACUCUGACAAAUGAGGCGUCCAAUUUACAGGUCUUCACACCUCAGCAGAAGGCGCAGCUGCUUGUUUUGUCAUCCGAACUGGAAACACAUGUUAAAUGUGACAUCAGAGAAAGCGAAAAAUGCCUUUACCGCAGCAAGGUGAAGGAUCUGGUAGCCAGGAUCUACACAAAGUGGCAGAUGCUCCUCCAGAAAACUAGACCUCUCAAUGGUAAGCUGUAUGAUUAUUGGCAACCUGUGGAAACCUUCGGAAACACUGAAGACGAUGAAGAAGCAGUUUUCAUUGAAGACGAUGAAGAAACCAUAAUUAAUGAGAAUGAUACUUUAAUUGCCGAAAAUAAAGGAGAAAAUGAAAAAACGGAGGUUAAAGAAAACAUGGGAGUAGUUGCACAUCCGGGAGACAAGGAAGACGACACAAAGGCGAGAGAAACGACAGCGACAAAGGAGCAAGUGACUGAUGACUUGCAAGCAAUGCCUGUGAUGGAGCCUCAAGCUGUGGAUCAGAAAAUUGAUCCCAGUCCUAAAGAAUGUACAGACACAGAGACUCGGACUGCUGAAAGGGAAAAAACGCCACCCCCUGAUGCUGUCAUGUGAAUCUCUGUCAUGCAUAUCUUUAUUUUUCUCUUCUGGUUGUCGAAACCUUUUGCCUUUAAGUAAAAAUUAUUUGCACUUUUACUUACUGAUUAGUCUUCUUUGAAUAUGUAACUCUCAGGUUAACCGUAUGCAAUAGUAGAUUUUUAUAAAACUUUACAUUUGAUAAAAAAAAAA